AUGUCAUACCUUUCCGCCGUCCAGUCGGCCCUCUUCUACUAUCUGGCCUGCACACCAUGUUACGCGUGCGUUGGAAACCACAAGGCGGCGAGACAGGCCAGGAAGGAGAGAGAAAUGAAGGCACAAAUCAUCUUGGAGCAGCCACACUUGUACCGACAUCCAGAUCCAUUCCAGACGAAUCCCUACUGGGAAGAGGAAAUUAAGAUGGGUCCAAGCUUACCAAAGAAGGGGAAGAAUAUCGAUCGGUCCAGCAAGAGCUUGAGUCAACGGCGCUUGGCAGCGGCGAGCAGGGACGGCGGUGCGAGUAUAGGCGCGGGCAGCAGCGUGAUGUUCAACAUGGGGAGUCCAACAUCUACCGUGGGGCCCAGACCUUCAGUCAGCACGACCAUUGCCCCUACGGUGGUAGGAGAUGCGGAGAUGGCGAGCCCGACGCUGAGCAAAACGAUAUCGGUAUCGACCGCCGACGACUGGAAUCUGAAGCCAUACCAACGCGAGGAUGAGGAACUUUGGGGGCACGAGUAUGAGAGUCAGAGGAGGACGCAGAAGCUCGUGGAUGCUCUUAAGCAGGCUGGCUCGUCUGCUGGGCGGUUUGUCGAGUCCAAGCUUGGCUUGGAGAAGCAGGUUACUGAGCAGGACCGAUACGACUUUUACUUUGCACCGAAAAACCCACCAGUCAACGAAUACCACCCACCGGUUGUCAGCAGCAAGCCCGCCCACAAGGAUGGGCUUCGCUGGAUGUUGCAGCCUCCGCCGCCCGCCAAGGUCAUGGAGGGCAAGGUACCGGUUAGCAGAAGCGCGAGUUUGAUGAGUGUGAACUCGAGAAGGACGGUAUCGACAGUGGGAAGCGGGUCAUUGGGCAGACUGGUUGGCGAGAAGGCUCUUGAGGCUAAGAGUCGGAGAGGCGAGACGCCAUUCGACGACAGUUUGUCGUCCGCGUCGCUUGCUAGGACAAGGUCAAGAAGGACAACCGUUUCGACCGUGCGGACAAGAAGCCGUCGGACUACACGAGCGACCAGCUUCUCGACCGAAUCCGAUGACUCCUCUGACGAUCUUCACCACCGAAUGGCGAGAAGGAGAAACCACCGCCCAGUAGCCACUCCCGAAGUUGACUCUGACGACGAGAAGGAAUACAACACCAAGAGCAUUGAGGCGGGUAUUUCUGUCACCCCUCCCAUGCCAACCCACCCAACACAUGCUGCCCAAAAACCAAGACUGGCUACCAUCCUCAGCUCUGCGGUCGUUGACCAGGUCCCAUCAUCACAAAAGACAUCCUCUUCGCCACUUCAAGAAGUCACCAACAGCACAACAACAGUCACGAAUUCGAGAUCAACAGAAUCGUCUGGCAAGAUCGCAGCUUGA